GUGGGAUACACGCCCCCACACUAUUAUAUGUGGGUGUAAAUAUGAAUUUUGUUUGACUUCUACGCUGAUAAUAUUUAUUGGUACUUACUCCUACUUCUUUAGUGGACACCGAAGGCGGCCAAUUCAUACAGAAUUUGAAAGAAAAAGACUUAGGAAACCUCGAUUAUUCGCACUUUUUAAGUAUUUAAUGCUUGCUGCGGUGGCAGAGGUGUUUAGAGAAAUUGUGUUAUCUGCGUUGGUGUUAUUGUAUCUAUAUUUUUACCUACAUAUAUAAGAAGAUGUUAGAAGGCUCGAAAUCAGAGGAGAUUCAAAUAUUUUAACGAACGCAAGCAAAACGUUGUAUCAGCCUAUCAGCAGUCUCGAAAUAAGGUAUAUAGUUAAUAUUUUAUGUUUUUAAAUAAGAAAAUGUACACUCAGGAGUAUCUUUCUAAGGAAGAAGAAAACAGCAGCGAGGACCGUUGGACAGUUGGGUAUUCGCUAUAACAGCAGGACUAACUCAACUUACAACUAAUGUUACUAUCCAUAAUAAGUUUAUAUGUAUAGCUAUAAUGAAACGAUUUAUUUGAUCUCUCGGGAUAAGUAACAAAUCGGUUGUACAUAAUUACGGCAAAGUUCAAUAAUUAUUUUUUACUGCGCCUGCUGGUGGUACAAGUAUCAUACCUUUCAAUAUCUCUCCCACUGGAAAGUGAGUACACUUAAGACCUUUCAAUUAAACUCCGUCUAUUAUAUGAUCAGGAAAUAAAGCUUUGGGAAGAAUAAUCUUAUUACAUGUAACAUAUAUAUUGUCACACGUGUCUUCCCUGCACUAUCCUACCAUUGUAAGUGUAGCUACAUUGAAGUUAAAUUUAUCUAAGAGCAAAAAUAAACUUGGCAACAUUUGAAAUGAACACCAAAAGCGUUCACUGUAACCUACAGAGGGUGGUUGGAGCGCCCGCUUUUCUACACUUGCAGUGACUUGCAGUGGGGGUAGUGAAUCGCGCUGCUAUAGGUGUAUCGGAAUAUAUUUGUAUGCGAGUAGGCGAAUAUGAGGGUAAAAACGAAAUGACAGAAAAGAUUGAUUUUUCCUGUGCUACGUUGCGCUCGUCUCUCCUGUUGUGUGUGUGUGAAAAUAUCAACUGAGAAAUGACGACGUCGACCGAGCGCUGCUCCACUGCGACAACGAUGACUGCGAUAAGCCGUAGCGAAAACUUACAAUUCUGCCUCAGAGCGCACGGUCGGAAAAAUAGAAAAUCAGUUCGGGUGAAAAUUUAGAGAAAUAACGUCACAGCUACGCAAGUACGCCAAAAUUGUAGAAGAAGAAUGUGAAAAUUUUCAUUUUAUACAAAAUUAUAGGAAAAAAUGCAAGUUUGCAAACCGAAAUUGUAACGGGAUUAUUACAUAAUAUACGGUAACGCGUACGAGAACCGUUGAUCACUUUAUAUGGAAAACAACUUGCGCCGGAAAUUGUAUUAAAAACGAAAUUCGUUAAAAUUUCAAUAAUAACACAUUUUCAUUUUUAACAAAGGAGCUGAGCAGAGAAAAGUUUCGAAGUUUUUUUCACAUUGAAAAAUAUUAAAAUGAAACUUUAAUUUUCAACCUAAAACAGAUUAUAAAAUAUAAAUAAAUUUUGUGAAUUUAAUUUUGCAACACCUGGUAGUGUAUUGUAUGGUGUAAAAUACAUUUACUAAACGCGUAUCCAUUUUCAUUUAGAAAAAAUAAAAAUAAACUAAAACAAUUACACAUGUUUAAGUUAAUAAGCAUUUAAGUGAGUACUAAAAUUUCACACUAACGCGACAAAUUUGCAUAAAAUCAGCGAAACUGGAACGAAAACAAAAACAAAAACUUAGAAUCCAUAAAAAAUCGGCUAUGCAGUGCAAAGUUUAUAGAUAUAUCCAUUGGUCUGUUUAGAUACUGUCUUUUAAAGCAUUAAAACAACGCUUUUGUGAGUACUUAAAGUUCGUAUAAGCGUUUCGACCAACUAGCAUACGGUUAACGGUUGCUGCAGUACCAGUUUUAAAGCUACAUUGCAUUACUUUAAGGUAGUGUUAGUGGAGGCAGCAUACUUUCCAUCAGCCGUGCCGAGCAGCACACCCGGAAAUGAAGCAAGCAACAACAUCCUGCGUCAUUUAAUUGUUGUCGUCGCAGUAGUCGUCAGCGUCACCUUUCUCAUCGUGUUUACCGAUAUUCACGUCAGUGCUUCUGCUCCGAUACACCUGGACGGAUUUCUGAAAUUGCUGUACGCAUCGCAUACGAAACAGCACAACAACAAAUAUUAUAUAGCUUUAGCUGUGAAACAUUGAAGUACUUUGUAAAGUCAGUUUGGUUAGUUGGACCAAGUACCAUUGUGUAUCUUCAACAUUAAUAGCUGUGGCAGGUGGGGCAUCAUCAAUAGCAGCCAGAAAAAGCACAACCACCGUCGUCGGGACGCACGAGAGAGCAGCAGCAGCAACAGCAGCAACGUGUGGGCAUUAAGUAGUCGACCGGCGCUAUUGAAGGAGAACGCAUUCGUUGCAGUCGAAAGUCUUUCGCACGCGUGCAUAUAGAUAGUAUGUUUGCGACGGAUUUAUUAUUUGUAUUGAACUAGAGUUGCGGAAAGUUUGAAUCAACUUGUUGGAAAUUGAAUUAAACCGUUAUUACAACUUCACGACGCAGCCUGCAGUUGGCAGUUUGAACAUUAAAUUUACAUUUAGCUUAGCACGAAAAGCACAACAACAGCUAGGCAAGGUGUUAGUUGAGCCAGCGUUUUAAUUGCGUUUCGCUUGUGCCAGAAAGCUACACUCAAAAAACAACAACAAAAACAACUGUUAUUCAAUAUAAAAGCGUUUAAGGUGAAUACAUGCGCUCUUGAUUAUUUCCGCCGCUCUCCAAACCAACUGCAAUAACUGCGACGACGACGACGACGACGAGUUUCAGCAAGUACUUCGUCGAUUAAAGUGACGACCGGCUAAAACAGCGCAGAGUACGCUUGAGAACGCACACAUAUAAAAUGGAUUCACUUAAAAUUCCAAAAGGUGGCAAUAGCAAUGCGGCAGGUGGCGCCGGCGGCAAACCCACUGGCAGCGUACCAAUCACCGUGCGAUUUAAUGCCGGCGAUGAAUGUAUUGACGAUAUCUUUCAGUCAUUUCACAAUAGCAACAAUAGUGGCGGUGGCGUCGGCGGUGCGGGUGUUGUUGCCGGCGGCAAUGGCAGUGUAGGCGGCGGCGGUGGUGGCGUUGGCAGUGGUGGUGGUGGUGGCGGUCCGAAUGCCGGCGGUGGGGAUUCCCUGUCGAGCAGCCCAUCGCAACAUCAUCAGCUGCAGGCACAACAAAAUGUGGAUGACGUAAACACAAGGAAUAAUUUUCUGCAAGGCAACUUCUUCAAUCGCAAAAGAUCGGGCAGUAUCGAAGGCGUGUCGCCAACUAGUACGGGACCAAAUUUGAUAGCGGCGCUUGCUGGCAGCGAUACACCAACGGUUGGUACUUGGAAAUUAAUUAAGGGUAAAGUUUCACAGACACUUGAGGAUAUUAAAUCGUCGAAAAAUACCACACAAGUAUUGUCAGCGUCCGUACCGAAAGUUGAAAGUUCACGACAAUAUUUUCCACAGCAAACAAACGAACCCGAUUCCGAUCCCGAAAAUCCCACAACACACUCUUCCAUCAGCGAUGAUUUGCCAUUUGACUUGGAACGUAAAUCACCGCAUUUGAAAGGUGGCGAUUCUGAUUCCUCCGCCGACGGCGAACUACUGCCCGAGGGUGAGAUAGAACGUUCCAGAUUGCGUCGCGGUCUUGCAAAUCUUAAAUCAAAAGUCAAAUCUAAAACUCACCACCACACGCAUCAAUCACAUUCGCCAUCUCAACAACAGCCCGGUCUCACAACAGCAGCACUUUCAUCGGCCACAAUUUCCACUGCAUUCGGCACAGCUGCCAUCAAGCCAAUGAAGAAGGAACCCACUGGUCCUUCAUCUGCGGCUUCAAGUUCUUCACUGCGUGAUGCGUUAAUGCGUAGACGACGUCCAUCACCGACUGAACAAGCCGCCGCCAUGUCACGCGUAGAACCAGCAGAGAGUCAACCGACCGUUGCGGAGAAAAAAUCGAAUGCGAAAACUAAAAAACGCGGUAUAAUUUCUGGCAAAAAAGAGGUGGAAAUCGAGUCGGGAGUUGAGAUGAUGGAAGAUACUUUGCCAACCACGCCACAAACCUCAGCUGCAAACGCCGAAGAGCCUAGAAGUUCUUCACGCAAUCGACAGGACUUGCGCCUACAAUUCGAUAAGAGUAGCUCGAAUAAAGCUUCACCGCCACAAAUACCAAGUGGUUUACCAGCUGACGGGGACACUAUUAAGCGUCAAAAUGAAUUGGAAACUUUAAGACAUGCUGCCGAGAUACUAGAAAGAGAAAAUGAUCGUGAACGUGAGCGGCAUUUGCAACCAAAGAAAAGGUUUACCGCUGACAUGCCCAUAAGUCGCUUGGCCGUGCUCAUUGUAGUGUUGCUCUUACCCGUACAUGGUUUUAUACGCGGUGUAUUGGCGUGUCUGAUGAGUUUCGCCAUUGUCGAUUCGCUGAGUGUGUUGGCACGUUCGAUCAUUUAUAAAUUCUUUGAACAUCAUCCUGAGGGCACCGAUUUCGAGAUACCAGACUACACAAAAAUGCCAAUUUGUGAAGUGCCCGCCGUGGAGGAGCACAAAACAAUUAAAUCAUAUGCUGGUUGGAUGAACGAGAUUUUCAGCUAUGAUCCCUUAACCUAUCACAUUUCACAAACCAAUUCGGUUUAUUUGCGUCUCGAUGGCACCUACUUACGUGUUUCGACAACAACAGCGCGCAUACCGAAGCGGAUCAUGUGGAACGAGCAACCCAUCGACAUCAAACACAUACACUUCACCAGUCAUCGCGUGUUCAAUUUGCUUGGUUGCAGUGUGGAACUUUUGCCACUGGGAUUGGCACGCAAGAGAUACUUCAAUCGUAAGUAUCCAAUACAGUUGAUUAUCAAAAAUGGCGCUGAAGAGGAUACACAACAGGAGCCAUCGGAAAUUCAAUCAACUCAAUUAUCUGCUCGCGGCAGCAAGUCCGACUUGACAUCGAUGGAUAGUAGAAUGUCACAGGUUUCCACCGAUAUUUAUGAGCAAUAUGGCGAAUCCAAAGAGAAAUCGUCAUCAAACGUACAGGAUAUUGACUUCGCUGCUACCGUUAUGAAUGCCGAUUUACAACAAUUGCAAGACAACACGCUGAAUAAGGAUGGACUCAUACCUUGUGGCGACGAGGUGCGCUUGAUACUGUUUUCGCGCGGUGAUCGUGAGAAGGAGGACUGGUAUCGGCGUUUUGUGGCCGCCAGUGAGGGUGAUGUGCACGAUCAAAUGUUGCGCUUGCCCAAUCUGAAAUUCGUGGAUGAUGCUGAACUGCAGCGGGUGGCGGCGAAAGCGGCACAAAUGCACAUGGAAUCUCGCGAAGGUGUUGCAAAUGCAAAUGAAGAUCAUGCAGAAACUGAGUCACAUGUAUUACCCGCGGAUAUGGCUCCGCCAUUGGUGGUUGAGGGUAAGCCGGAGAAAGGUGAAACAUUCAAAGACAUUCCCGAUGACAUGGAAGUAGUGCCAUCACCAACUGAUGCCUUCGAAGGUUUACUCAUGAGCUCAUGUGCUGCACGCAAUCCCCCAGAUUAUAUACGUUUUAUGGCUAUAUAUCAGAGCGCUUGCAAAGAUGCCAAAAUUCCUGUUCAUUCAAAACCAAACAGCACAUUGGAGAAAAUGCAAAAAUCGCGUCGCUCCAAACGUCAUGCCAAAGAUUUGUGGAAAGGCAUUGAUCAAUCGUUAUUUUUGGGUCCCUCUGGCAGCGUUGUUUGGGCUAAUGUAUUAAUUGGGCGCGUGCUCUAUAGCUGUCUUCAUGACAAUAUGGUCAAGGAUAAGAUUAAGGAAUUGCUACAGAAGAAGAUCAGCGCCAUAAAGCUACCCUCCUUCAUUGAAGAUGUGGUUAUCACCAAAAUCAAUUUAGGCGACACCCCACCGCUCAUACAUCGCGUCUCACAACCCAUGCUGGAUGAGCGUGGCACUUGGGUAGAUGCCGAUGUCACAUACGAAGGGCUGCUGCAAUUAACCGUUACAACUAAAUUGAAUUUGAUGCGUAUUAAACAACAAAAACGUCCACAAGACCCUUUCAAUAUAACCGUACCGAAUCCAGUGAAUACCGGCCCGAAUGUGCCAAGUACUACAAAUUUCACGGUUGUGCCACCCAUCGUGAUCGCCGAUGCGGAGGGGGCUGGCCGAAAUAGCUCAAAUCUGAGAUCAUUCACGGAUGAGGCCGGCAACACGGAUGAAGGGUCGAGUAAUGUUAUAUUCGAUAGCGAUGCCGAGAGUACUGGUGAUUCGGAUACAGAUCCAGAGAGUUUGAAUGCGCCAACGGCGACCGGGUCCACAAUGAAUACUGGCGCAUCAACGACGGCGGCCGGGCAAGGGUCGUCACAAGGCGAUGCGGGCGCAGGUGCUGGGGCAGCGACAGAUUAUCACUUCAUACCCACGGCGCCAGGCAAUGCGCGUCGCAUUUUCCGCAUUGUGGAUCGCAUUGCCGCUUCGAAUUUCUUUCAAUACGCCACCGAUUUGCCAGUUGUACAACGCGCCAUUGAGAAUAUGAACACGAAUAUAACGCUGCGUGUGGAUCUGCGGGGCUUGGUCGGACGUGGCGUCAUUAACAUACCACCACCGCCAUCCGAUCGCAUAUGGCUGUCCUUCCGUGGUCCACCACGUCUGUGGCUGUCAGCAAAACCAGCAUUGGGUGAAAAAUCCGUGGACUAUAGCAUUGUGACCGGCAUCAUUGAGAGCAAGUUGUGCGAAGUGGUGAAUAAGUUUUUGGUUUUUCCCAAUAUGGUGGAUGUAACCAUACCUUUCCUAGGUCAACCGACCUAUGAGUACUUGCGUGGUGAAAAAACUAGAAAAAAAUCGUCUGAAUAGAUUUUGGCUAACAUAUUGAAAUAAUUGCACGUAAAGUGUAUUGUUAUGUUUACAACAACAAAAAUUGUGUACGAUUUUUUUUUUCUAAUUUAAAAUGUAGUGUUAAAAAGCUUACAGCUAGAAUUUUUUCCAACUCUUUUUCUGUUUUUCUAUAUGUAUAUUCCCGGAGUUAUAUGCUCUUACUUAUAUACUCGUACAAGCAAAUAGCAACAUUGUCGUGAUAAACAAUUUCCAAAUAAACUAUAAAAAUAUAUACA